AUGUCAGAGGAAAAGUAUUGGAUAAUACCUUCAGUUUGUACUUAUCGUGAUUUUACAAAAAAAAACUUCGAUGAAUCUAUUGGUGAUAAUUUUUUUACGAAAAGAAAUAACGAACAAAAAAAUGAUGAAAAAGGAGUAAAAAAGAAUGACGAAGUGUGUAAACGUCAAAAAUCAACAACAAGCCUUGAUAGUGGAGUUGAGGAUAAAGAACUUCUUGAAAGGUAUUCAACUGAAUCUGGAUCAAGUAACUCUGAUCAAAUUAUAUCAAAUGAAACAAGAAAAAGUUAUAGAAAACAAAGCACUGAAGAAUUAAUAGUACGCCUAAAUCAAAUUAAAAAACAAAACGAGAGUGUGGAGGUAAAACCCAAACCAAAGUUACAAUUAAGAAAUUUUAGAACAGGUAGUUCACUAGAAUCAUAUGUACAUCCACAAAGAAUGUCUAGAAUUUCAACUGUUUCCAAAAGUGUUACUCAAUUUAAAUGUACUGGAAAUACACCAAUUUUAUUGUCCAAAAGGUCAUGUAGCACAGAGAAGGUACCUAUUGUAAAAAAAUCAAAAGUAGCAAGAUCAAUCUCACUAAAAAAUAAUAGUACAGGAACGUCACAAUCUUUUCAUUGUAAAUUGUCACCAUUAAAAAAGACAACUCCAGCUUCAGUUGCAAAAUGUUUAUCCACCAAAAUUUCAUGUUUUUUUUCAUCGAGGCGUAGUACUGGUAGGACAGCAAGUGAACCACCUGAAUUUAAUCGAAAAACUACAAGUACUGUUGACUCACAAACAUCUGGUGUAAAAAUUGGUAGGACAAAUUCUAUACUAGAAAAUAGUUAUUCAAAUGAAUUAAGAAAAGGAAGAGUAUCAAAAGGAAAAAUAGUUAAUAUAAUUGAAAGGCUAUCAAGGAAUAAAAAAUAA